AUGAAUCCUAUAAUGAUCCAUAUCAUUAACCUGCUCAAACCCACACCAGCAUCAUCAGAGGAAUUAAACGUUGAAACUAUCAAGGAUAUUUUUGCAGAACUUGAAAUUUGUGACGAUGAGAAUGAUUCUUCAAAAAGGAUAGACUUAGACAAACCCAUGCAGACAGUCGGAGUUUUAGAGAAGGUCAAGGAAACUUUGUACCGUGCAAUGCGUUAUUAUUGGAAAAAAGAUAACAACGAAUCAUAUUUACCUUCCAUUAUCGAUCCUCGUGUCAAAAGGUUUGAUUUUGCGCCUGACAAAAUCAAACAGUAUCAUGAUAUAAAAGAUAAUCUAUCAACAGCAAAUCUAACAUCCACUGCUAACAUUUCGUUAUCCGCUUCCUCCUUUUAUAACACUACUGUUUCUCCGUUUUACAAACCAACACUUUUAAACAUAUUUAACAAUUCAUCACCUCUUAAUUCACAGAACGAGCCGGAUGAAUACCUUGCGGUUCUGCAGGUACCUUUUGGGUCUGACCCAUUCGCGUGGUGGAAUAUGAAUAAAGAUAGGUUCCCCGUACUAAGCAAGUUGGCACGUAUUUACCUCGCAGUUUCGGCGACGUCCACACCUUCCGAAAGGUUAUUCUCUGAUUGUGGUAAUCUAUUGGCCCCGAAUUCUUCAAACGCUUGA